AUGGACGCUAGCGUCGCUCCUCCAUCAGGCCCAACUCAGCAACAAGAAAAAGAGGUAGAAAACGAAGAAAAAGAGGAAGAACAAGUAGAGAAAUUACAAGAAGUAAAUAAAACAACUACAUCCAGCACCUCCGUUCAUGAUCCAAUUUCUAUUCAACCCAAAGUCGUGGAGACCAACCUUGGCUCAACGCCUGACGAAGAUACGACAGCCGUCAUGAUGGAUCAACGCUUCACCAAGUCACUUUUACCAUCUCCAGGAGCCGUAGCACCGGAUAUACAGUCUAUACCAGAAGAUAUACCGAAACCCAAAGAACGUACCUCUAGUGUGCCUAAUGUCACGAAGUUCGCCGUCUCUGCAUGGCUACACGGCCAAGACAAUGACUCUGAUUCACCAGCUUCUUCGCCUCAAGAUGAGAUUGAGAAUGAGGCGAUGUUGCUUCAAGGUAUGACGCUGGAUAAUCCCUCCAAAAGUUCCUUACAAUCAGCUCCAUCCGAAGACGACUCUUCAUUGACCGACUCCGAGCCUAGAUCCCCUUACUCAGGGGUUGAGAUCAAGACAGAAAGCAGGAAUACUAUGACACCCAAUAGCCGCCAAACUCUCACAUCCACAGAACAAGCUUCAGCCACCAACCUAAGAUAUAGUAAGGUAACUCCUCCGCCUAUGACGGAUCUCGAAUUCUGGGGUGCACUAGUUCAAGAUCACGCCAGAACCGCACAGUAUCUCCCGACCCUUUUGACCCGGAAAAUUCGUAAUGGAAUUCCCGCUCCCCUCCGAGGCGUAGUCUGGCAGAGCAUGUCUGGCGCACGAGACACUGUUCUAGAAGAGCAAUUUGACAGACUGUCUGGCGAAUCAAGUCCAUACGAGGGAAUGAUUGGAAAAGACCUUGGCCGAAGUUUUCCUGGUGUCGAGAUGUUCCGAGAUCCAGAUGGACAAGGUCAACAGAUGCUGGGACGUGUUCUCCGCUGCUUCAGUCUGUACGAUGAUGAAAUUGGCUACUGUCAAGGAUUGGCAUUCCUUGUUGGCCCGCUUCUCAUGCAUAUGGGAGACAAGCAGGCCUUCAGUGUAUUGGUGAGGUUAAUGGAAUCCUAUGAAAUGCGGAGCUGCUUCCUUCCAGACUUAUCAGGCCUACACAUGCGCAUUUAUCAGUUUCGCCAACUUCUCAAAACACUCGUUCCAAAUCUAUCGGUUCAUUUAGAUGCUAUGGAAAUCGAGCCUGCUUACGUAUCUCAAUGGUUUCUAUCCUUCUUCGCCGUCACUUGUCCCUUGCCUAUGUUAUUUCGGAUAUACGAUGUGAUAUUUGCAGAAGGAGCGUCGGUUACCAUAAUGCGCGUAGCGCUCUCGCUCAUGCAGAAGAAUGAGUCAAAGAUUCUAGCUUGUGCUGAAUAUGAAGACGUCAUUUCCCUUCUUCUUUCGCGCGGUCUCUGGGAUGUUUAUCACUACAAUGCGGACGAGUUUGUUAAUGAUUUUGUGAGUCUUUCAGAUCAAAUAACGGUCGAAAAUCUCCAGGUUCUCGGUUCAGAGUACAGGGAAAAACAGUCAGAUGACUUGGCGGCAUCGUCGCAAAACGUAGGCUCUGCAGCUACUCGAUUUUUGGGAAGGCUCUGGGCGGGCCCCAGUCCAAGCCCAAAAACUGAGAGCAGAAAUUCUCGGACAGUAGACCCAAUUAGCCCCUCCAGUGUGCUACGACGUUCUUGGAGCAAGCAAAGCAUGGCGUUGACGCUAAACUCAAUAGACGAUGGUGCCUCUGAUAGUACCUUGAGUUUAAGUACGGACGCGACAUCAGUAAUGAGAGACUCAUCAAACACAGAGGGAACUUCUAUUCUUACACACUCGCUCACGAGCGUCCAAGCUGCCAAAGCUGAUAAGAAUCUCCAUACCCAAAUAGAGGAUCUCCUAAUGGCUCUUAACGAGCUUCAGAAAGAAAAUGCCUUGCUGUUCACUCAGCUACAGAAGGAAAGGGAGGAGCGAGACGAGGAUCGUAGUGUCGUCUCCACGCUACUCAAAAGGCUUCAAAAUACUAAUACCUCGAUAUUUGUUGGCGGGGUAUCCGAAGUAACCUCUACCGAAUCAGGUGUAGAUAAUGCGAAGGUUGAAUUAUCUUCUCCAAACCCUACCAGCUCGCUUCAAGGUGAAAAAAAACAUGACGACUUAUCGUUUUUAAUUCAUACGGUGGAGUCACGAUUCGUAACAUCGCAAAGUCAGCCAAUUUCAACCCUUCAAAGCAAGGCUCAAUUACAAGAAGAGCUCCAUCGCACUAAAGAACAGUUAUCCUCGGAAGUUUCCAAAUCAAACUACUAUACUCAUCAAUUAGAUGUGACAAAAGAACAGCUUGAGCUCGAACUAGCAAAGUCGCAGGAAUUUAGUCGACAGGCAUCUGAGUACGAUCAAGAAAUUAAGACGUUACGUGACCAGAUCAAAGAUCGGCAGCUGCGUGUACAAUCUGCCCAAUCCGAAAAAUCAAAGUUGGAACUUCAACUUCAGGAAAUGCGCAAAGAGAGAGUAGCGAGCACCCAAUAUAGUAAUGCAGCUCGUGCCGACUCUCAAUCAGGCCUGAACCGUAUGUCAUCUGUGUCUGGUCUCGGAAAUUUGCGUGAACUUCGACUCGGUCGUAUGGGACCGAAAAACCCCAUAUCCCCGAAUUAUCGUGCCAGUAUUAUAUUACCCCCUAUGGAGCCGGAAAGCUUGCCAAUAACUUCAGCUGUCCCAGUAACACUAGAUGCAGAUAAACAGAGUGUAGAAAACGAUGUUCUUGUUCUUGAAUUAGUGCAAGCUAAGACCGCCGAAGCUAAUGCUCGGCAAGAGGCAGAGAAACUUCGACAUAAGAUUGAGUGCGUUCGAAAACUCCUUAACCAGGAUCUUAAAAACACUUCGAGUUCAGAGAAGCCAAAUAUUCAGCAUCGGGUCAGCCCUAGUUUACCAGCAUCCACAGGGCUUGGUAGUUAUUUUAGUAAUGCCCGGGCUGAAGAAAAGAUCACCCCAACAGCUCCAGUUAUGGAAUCAGACACAAAAAUCUCGCCCAUACCCCCAAGACUAAGUCAUCAUCGAGCAACACCGAGCCAGUCAUUGUCACUUGGACUCGGCAGUUAUUUCACGAGCUCAAAGGUUGAUGAAAAACCUACAGCAAGUUCGGUAAGUACUGGCCCUAGUAAAGGUCUAAGCACUGGAACCCUUGACACGUCAUUAUAUAUAUUUGGGUCAAGAUCUGUGCUGACAAGAGCGAGCGAUCGCGACAGAGGAUGGUUACUCUCAGCCCAAAAACCCGAGCUUUUUGUUGUAUUUAUUGCCCAUGGGCUUAUUCUGAUAUUGGAUCAAAACUCUAAUCUAUGGUUGGCCCGGUAA